UAUGUUUACAGCUCUCCACCACCACCAUACUACUCACCUUCCCCUAAGGUGUACUACAAGUCUCCUCCACCACCAUAUGUGUACAACUCUCCACCCCCACCAUACUACUCACCUUCCCCUAAAGUUUACUACAAGUCUCCUCCUCCACCAUAUGUCUACAGCUCGCCACCACCACCAUACUAUUCCCCAUCUCCUAAGGUUGUAUACAAGUCUCCCCCUCCACCAUAUGUUUACAGCUCACCACCACCACCAUAUUAUUCACCUUCACCUAAGGUACACUACAAGUAUCCUCCCCCACCGUAUGUUUACAGUUCUCCACCGCCACCAUACUAUUCACCAUCCCCUAAAGUUCUUUACAAAUCUCCACCACACCCGCAUGUAUGUGUCUGCCCACCACCUCCUCCAUGUUAUGCUCCUUCACCAAAAGUAAUAUACAAGUCUCCUCCACCACCAUAUGUCUACAACUCUCCACCACCACCAUACUACUCACCUUCCCCUAAGGUGUACUACAAGUCUCCUCCACCACCAUAUGUCUACAACUCUCCACCACCACCAUACUACUCACCUUCCCCUAAGGUGUAUUACAAGUCUCCUCCACCACCAUAUGUCUACAACUCUCCACCUCCACCACCAUACUACUCUCCAUCCCCUAAAGUAGACUACAAAUCUCCUCCACCUCCAUAUGUUUACAGCUCUCCACCACCACCAUACUACUCACCUUCCCCUGAAGUGUAUUACAAGUCUCCUCCACCACCAUAUGUCUACAACUCUCCACCACCACCAUACUACUCACCUUCCCCUAAGGUUUACUACAAAUCUCCUCCACCACCAUAUGUCUACAACUCUCCACCCCCACCACCUUACUAUUCUCCAUCCCCUAAAGUAGACUACAAGUCUCCUCCACCUCCAUAUGUUUACAAUUCUCCACCACCACCUUAUUAUUCUCCUUCUCCAAAAGUUGAAUACAAAUCUCCACCACCACCGGCUACAUAUUACUGAAAACCAGUAAAUGUGACCUUUAAAUGAGCAACUGAAUGUUAUUUGAUUUUAUAUUUCAUUUCCUUUCUUGUUAUAACAUGUAUGCAAUCAAUUUCGAUUUUCUUGGGAAUGUCUUAAUAAUUUGGAUACAAGUCCUUCAUAUGGUUUUGUGUGUUUUCUCAUAUUAAAUUUCUGCAAAGAUUGUGUGUGGUCUAUUUGCAGUCCUUUGCAAACUGCGGUUAUGUAUUGCUUAUUCUUGACAUGGUAUUUUUAAACAACUAUGUAAUUUUCGUAACAUGAUUUUUUUUA